CACUCAUCACGGCAGCCAUGGCAACACGCUGCUGCUGAGUGCGAGAUAGAAAAUAAUAUUAUUGUUUAAGGGUUCAGAGCAACUUUUCAAAUGUUUUACUGGCAGACUGCUAACAACCCAAAUGUUUCUGGAAUAUGUCCGCGGAGCGAUCGCCGUUGCCACCCGGGGGAGGCGGCCUGCUACGCGGAGGCAGAACAAGGUCUUACGGCAGUUUAACUCGAUCUUCGCUCUCUCCGGUUCGCCAGAGACUCGUUGAGCACACAGUUAAACCAGGGGAAACACUUCAGGGCCUGGCUUUAAAAUACGGAGUCACUGUGGAGCAAAUUAAAAGAGCAAACAGACUGUACACCAGCGACUCAAUAUUCCUGAAGAAAUCCCUGUCUAUCCCAGUGCUGUCAGACUUGAAUGACCACAGCAAUAGGGUAGAUUUGUCUGAGGAAGACCACAAAGAAGGAAAGACUAACUGCGCUACUGGUCAGGAGGAUUUAAGAGAAGGUGCAUCUGACCUUACACCUAGGGAAUUUCUGAAGAGACUGGAUGACUUGAUCAACAAGUCUAAGCAGGCCGCAGCCAGAGGAUGCCAAGAUGCAGAGAGACGCGUUGCAGCCCUAGAAGCAGCUUGCUCCAGUACAACUUCAGAUUGGCGUCCGUUAACAAAGUCACAGAGUGUUAUUUCAUCAGCAAGAGUUCAGCAGCAAGCACUACUUGGGGCAGUUCCCCUCACUACCACUAAACUCACCAAGAAGCUGAAAGAAAGGGAAGACGAGAUCUUUGAACUCUGACACCGUUUUUCCUUAAUUUUACUCAGAUCAUUAAAAAACGAUGCUAGAAAUGUGUGGUGAAGGGAUUGGACUCCAGGGGCAAGACAAGAUCUCUACUAACAACGCUUCUGUACAAAGUUGAAAAACCUUGUAACUCAGUCAUUAACUGCAGAAUUUGUUUUAGGAAGCCUGUUUUUUUUUUAUUUAGUAAAAACUGCACAUAUUUAUUUAUGGGAACAUACUGGUUGUAUGAAACGUCUUCUUUGUCUCCACCUGAGUUUGGCUUGUUCCUACAGAAAAUAGAGACAUGAGAAUUUUGUCACAUGAUGCUUCAGUUGUAUGUCUGCAUAUGGAAGCUCAGCAGGGCAGCUUGACAUUUUCAGGGGAUGCAAAUACUCAUACUCACUGUAACAGUAAGAGAACAAAACAGGUUAAAGGUUAACACUGUAUUUUGCUAAUGUAAAAAAAAAAUGUUCUUGUAGGAUAUUUUUAACAUCAUUUUUAUUAUUUUCUGGGACUUAGUUUUUGAUUUUGUCAAAUAUUUAUGUGAUUAAAUUUUAAAUAAACUCA